CUACUGUAUACUUGGACUUGGACAUUAACCGGCUCGCGCGUGUUAGGAGCACGACUAGAAUAAAGCUCCCCAGAUCAUUUAAAGAGGGGUCAGCACAAUGACGUCACAACUCCGGAGUGUCCUGUUUGUGCUGAUGUGUUCUGGUGUGUGUGCGGGCUUGAACCUGGACUCGCGCUUUGCGGUGGUAAAGGAGGGAGGCACACCCGGAAGCCUGUUCGGACUUUCAGUAGCGAUGCACCGGCAAACCGUGGGGCGCGCGCGUUACCUACUGCUGGUUGGUGCACCACAGGAAAAGGCGGAGCCUGCGUUGCAGGCUAAUCAGACGGGAGACAUGUAUGCUUGUCCAAUCACGAUAGACCCUAAAGACUGCGUCCGGGCGAACCUGAUCAGCUCAGACACUGUGGAUGCGGAGGACGUUAUAGAGGGAAUGUGGCUCGGCGUGUCAGUAGUCAGUCAAGGUUCACAGAACGGGAGAGUGAUGGCAUGUGGUCAUCGCUACAGCAGGAGCAUGGACAAUGGCAUGAACCUGCGCAUGAUCGGGAAGUGUUAUAUCCGGGGGAAUGACCUGAGCUACGAUGACCAGAACGAUGGCCAAUGGCAGUACCGGCAGGAGUUGUGUAGUCCUAAUGGAGACCAACUCGUGGAGGGGAUGUGUAAUAUGGGCAUCUCUGCCACCAUGACAGAAACUGAGGUGAUCACUGGAGCUCCAGGCUGCUACAACUGGCAAGGUAAUUCAUUUGUAGUUUACAGGAACCCAGCUGACGAGUUUGAUGUUCAGAUCAUCAAACUGCAAGACAUGCAAACUGGAAACAUCUACAUUGGUUACUCAGUGGGAAAAGACAAAGGAAUACUGAGGAAAGAUGAAGACACGGUUGUGGCUGGAGCGCCAAGAUACAACAGUAAGGGCUCAGUGAUGCUAAUGAAGGUCACCAUGGCUGGGGGAGGCAGUAGAGAGCUGAAGAACUUGAAUUUAACACUACAGGGCGAACAGGUUGGCUCGUACUUCGGAAACAGCAUCGCUAUCAUCGACAUCAAUAACGAUGGAUGGAAGGAGCUGAUUGUCGGAGCGCCGUUUUAUUUUAACCACAGGAGAGAGGAGGGUGGGGCCGUGUACGUGUUCAUGAACGAAAACGGCUCAUUCAAGCCGAAAGCAGAUCUGAUGCUCACCGGACCAGUCGACUCAGGGUUCGGGAUGGCCGUGUCUUCCAUCGGGGAUGUCAACCAGGAUGGCUUUCUGGAUUUCGCAGUCGGAGCACCGUUUUACGGCUCAGGCAGGGUGUGUGUGUGGAUGGGGGGAAAGGAUGGAGUUUCAGCCAAACCAGAUCAGGUGAUUGAGGGGAGGGAUGUGAGUAACGGUGGUUUCAAGACAUUCGGUUACUCCAUCAGUGGUGGUCUGGAUGUGGACGAUAAUAAAUAUCCUGACAUUGUUGUUGGCUCUCUGGAUGAUCGAGUGGCUUUACUAAGAGCUCGUCCUGUCAUUCAUGUGAAAAAGAAUUUCACGGUGACACCCCUGAUCGUCGACCCGGAUGACUGCGAGUCCUGCAUUCAGGUGGAGGUGUGUUUCUCUUACAAACUAAGUACAGGAGAGCCAAAUUUUAAAGAGAACAUUAGUAUGAAGUACACAAUCAUGGCUGAUGUGCUCCAGCACGCCUCCCGAACUCGUGUCCGCUUUAUUAACACUGAAAAAGAUGUGUACAGUGGGUUAUUAUCAAUGACAUCGCAGCGUUGUGCGACACAGACACUUAAAGUGAUAAAGUUCAUACGUGAUAAGGUGAGCCCAGUAGUGUUCUCCCUGAACGCAUCAGUCUUUGAGCCUCAGAUUGAUGGUGUUCAGCAGCAGCUACAGAACCUGAACUUGUUUCCUGUGCUCAGUCAGGGACAAACGCUCAUCGACAAAGCGGAGAUUCACUUUCAGAAUGCAUGUGGACCUGAUCAUACGUGUCAUAGUAACCUGCAGAUCACCGCCACGUUUGCCAAAAUCCCGCAAGACCUCCCACAAGUCCUCCCUGUUCAGGGUGAUCACCAGGUCCUGCGGUGUGACUCCAGCAUGAAGAAACUGAUGCUGCUUGUUCAAGUGACGAACACUCCAUCUCCGGGCCGAGUACCUGAAGAUGCUUAUAACACUGAAUUGAACAUCACUUCACCAUCACUCACAUACUCCAGCGUCAGAUCCGAGAAUACAUCAGUAACUUGUAAUCCAAAAGACAAUUUCACCCUGUGUGAGUUGGGAAACCCAUUAGCUGCGAAUCAGAUGGUCGUCCUUGUGAUUACUUUCGAGAUGUCAAUCACGCCCAACACAGAAGAGAUCACUUCAACACUGCAGCUCUCUACAUUGAGCACACAGGAUGACUUGAUGCCGCUGACCAAAGUGCUGCGAGUGGAGUAUGUACUACAGGCCUCAUUUCACGUUAAGUCUCCCGAAGUACAGACAGAGUUCAGUGGUCAUGUUAUUGGUGAAUCAGCUAUAAAUAGCACCAGUGAAAUUGGGAGUCCAGUGGAGUUCACAUUUCAGGUGGGUGUAGAUACACCGCUCAGCAGUCCCUAUGUACUCUAUGUGGAGUUUAAUUGGCCACUUGAGGUGGCAAAUGGAAAGUGGCUCCUGUACAUCGAGGAAAUUACAAUGACUGGAACUUCAGAGAACUUUUGUGUUCCACCGGGAGAUGUCGUCAACCCGCUAAACUUCCAGGUGCCGAAGCAAAAAAGCAGUCGGAGGAAGAGAGAUGAACAAUCUGUCGCUCAAUUAGAAGCUCUGUCCAGUCUGAACCCAAAAAGCGCUCGCAGGAAAACUGACCAUCUGAAUUGUACAUCAGGCACUGCAAAAUGUCAAACCUUCAGCUGCUUCUUACACAACAUGAAAACCAGCGCGACGGUGACGGUGCGAUCACGGCUGUGGAACAGCACCAUGUUGGAGGAUUACAGCAAAUCUUCCGUCAUUUUCAUUCGUGGAGAAGCAACACUCAAACUGAAGACAAACAGAACAACCUUCCAUCUGGAUCAUAAAUCCAAUAAUGUCACGUUCUCUGUGCAGGUGACCCCUGUGAUUCAGGAUGAGGUCGAAAAUAAAGUUCCCCUGUGGAUUAUUAUUGGCUCAGUGUUAGCUGGAGUGUUUCUGCUCGCCCUCAUCGUCGUGCUCCUGUGGAAGUGCGGGUUUUUCCGGAGAGCGAGCACUAGAGAGAUUUAUGAGGCGAAGUCACAGAAGGCUGAGAUGAGGACACAGCCAUCAGAGAAAGACAGACUAACAGAGGAGGAAUGAUGGUCAUGCAGACUAGAUUACUGUAUUACUGGUGUGGGUUCUUCAGGCGGGCGCUUUAUUUCCGGACCAUGCCCAAAUACCAUGGAGUGAAGAUGUGUAGGGAGCAGCGCUUCCUAAUUGACGAGGCUAACAAAAAAAAGCACUGGAUCACAAACUGGACUGACACACCACAAUGACUACACACACACACACACACACACACACACACACACACAAUGCAUUUUUUGAGUUGAGGUAUCCACACAGUAUUACUUGGUCCAAUGAGAGACGCAAUGACCACACCCAACGACACGCUGUGCAUCAUUUUAUAUUAGCAUUGUGCAAACUACAUGACUAGAGACACACUCCUUUGUAUCACAUGCAAACUCCAUUGCGUCACCUUUAUUGAUUGGCUUUGUUGAUUGGUUUAGUAUCACAAACAGACUAGAAGUUGCGGUUUAUCAAAUGCUGCCAAAAUACACUGCCAAAAUAUGCACAAGGCUAAUGCACAGCUAAAAAGAGUCGUGGCGGCCAUCUUGAAGUCAAAUCACUCCACUUGAGCAUCAGACUCAAGUUGGUGGAUGGCCUGGAGGUUUGAAGACAGAACUGAAAAUUGGAGGACUGAAUCAAUGUGCAGUAACUCAGGAGGUUGUCUUCACAACCCAGCUGUGUUACUGUAUGAGUGUUGACGUGUGUGUUGGUGUGUGAGAAAAAAAUAAUGUCGUCGCAGUCUUUGAUGGACAAUAUGAGCUGUGCGUUGCGUAAUAUAGGGCCUUAUUCAGAGAUGAUUACUGUGCAAAAUCUUCAGCACCCUUUUUUUUUUCAAACAAACUUUAUCGAUUUCUAUUUUAUGACUCCUACAUUAUCGAGUCAAAACGUUACAAAAACAUUUUAAAGUUCCAAACGUUUGUUUUCCAGCACAAAAUUAAAUGUUACCAAAAAAAUGCUUGUAUCUGAGCAGCAUAUUCCAUAAGGGAGCACUUCUCAGAUUAAAAAAGAAAACAUAAUGAAGGCUACUGGGUUUUGAUGUAAAAUUAAGAAGCGAGUGUGACAGUCAAAGUGUUCAGAAGAACGGUGGCUGGUUCUGUAAGAUGCUCAGUAAAACCUACAGCUCAUUUCCUUAUAUAACUGCACUCAUUGUACCUGAGAUUUUUUUUUAAAGCAAAGGGUCGUCUCACACCAAAUAUUGAUUUGUUUCACUUAUUAUGGAUUAAUGAUUACUGUUUAUAGUAUUUUUUUAAUGUUGAAACAUUUAAUUCCAGUAUUUUUGAAGCCAUUUUUGGUCGACAGCAUUUCUUUACAUGUACCUAAGACUUUUGCACAGUACUGUACCGUAUGUCAAGGUUUAAGCAGGGAAAGUUAUGUGUAUUCAGUUAACUUAGGAAGCUUACAGAAAAAAAAAAUUUCGUGCACUUUAAAGCAGAUGCGCAGAACCUUUAUUUUUAAAUACAUUUCUGAGUGGAUAGUAUCUCCAUCCUUGACUCUUGUAUGCUGCAUAAAUGGGAAUAAAAAUAGAUAUUUUUGAGAGUUAAAAUCGACCGCAAAGUUGUUAUUCGAGCUGCCCCGCUGAGCCAGCCAGCCAGCCCUGAGCGCGUGAUGUCACAGCGGUAACCAGUUUUAAGGCUAAGGCCUUUAACAGCUAUCGACCAAAGUCAUAUAAAUAAAAAUUUACGUUGAAAGUAAGAAAUACCGUUACCGACUUGCUCAACUAAGACUGAUUUGACUUCAUUGAUUGUGGGUUGACUCUCAUUAAAACAGGAUAGGUGCUAUAACUUAUGCAGCAUGCAUGUACAUGCAUGCAUUUUCACUGAUAAAACGUAAAAGGCUAAUUAAUCAAACAGAUGAACUGAGACAAUCACAUUCUGAAGCAAAUUAAAUAAUCUUAAACCGGUAACUUAAACACACAAUACAAGUUACAUGUAUUAAUCUAAAUGCAGGUAAACAACAAGUGUUGUUGUUUUUGUUGUUUUGUUUCCAAAUGAGAGUCGGAGCUUCCCUGUCUGUGUUCUCGCUUCUUGAAGGCCAAUCUUGUGGCCGAUUGUUUUGAAACAAUCUGACUUUCAGUUGUUCGUUCAGUUCUCCAUUCAUUCACUUCUUCCACAUAAGGGCAAGAUAUUGCUGCUGAGGCAAGCAUAUCCAGCAGAGAAAUCAGACGGCUGGUCCACUCAUUCUUCAUUUUCUCCAUACUGAGUACUCCGCCAUUACUGCUCGGCUCAGGCAGUUACUAAACCCCGAGACGGGAUGGGAUGUCACCAGUUUUUGCAACAACUGCGGGGAGGUCACUGCCCGAGCGAUAAUAUGUCCCGUUCUGUCCUGGGUUUUAGCAACAACCCUCGGCUCACACUCCGGGAGAACUGGUGCAACUGAACUUCCUUUCCUUUUCUUGUAGUUUUCAUUUCCUUUAAUUGUUGGUACUGCACCCUCUUUCAGUACGGGCUUACAGCCAACGCUCCUCAACAGAUCAGAGGUCUUGUACGAGUCUUCAGUAAAAUGUGCAUAGCAGAGGAGAGACCACUUCAUAGGCGCCCAAUGUGCCCGUGAACUUCUCGCAAAACGUGUCCAAAUCUUUGCAGUUUGAACAUUCUUGGGCCCUGAAUGCAACAUAAAUCCACCUUCUGUCAUGUUGCUGCACCCGCCAGCAGCACAUCUACGUGGCAUGGCGAUAAAUUAGCUCAAAAUGGAGGAUCGGAGUUGCAGUCAGCUCUGUGUUUUAGUGCAGCGGAAAUGGUGAUGAGACCGAUAGCCUUCCUGCUGUGACGUCACGGAUGUCAAGGUCAUUCCCUCAGACCGCUACCUAUAUGAAUCACUUUAAUUGUAAAAAUUACUAUAUUAGAUUUAUUGUUAAUGCUUAAAACUAUUCCUGUGCCAUUCUUGAGGUCUCAAGGCAUUUAUAAACAAAAAGUGAGGCCAUGGUUCUGCGUAUCUCCUUUAAGACACAAUACUGUUCAUGAAUUCAUAGUGUCAUAUCAUAUCAUAUUUGUAGUUACUAUCAGCCUCAAAUAACGUUGCAUUGUUUUUAGUGUAUUUACAACCCAAAACAUGUAUUUCAGCUUGAUAUAUUGUUGUUGCAUCAAAUUGUCAGACAGUGGCACUGACCUUAAUAAAAUACAAGGUUAGAAUUGUGCAUCACUGAGACACGCCUCUGUUUUAGGCAAACGCGUCCUCAAAAGAGUAACUCGAGUGUAACUUGUGUAUAGCAUUUAAGUCUAUCAUUAAGUCCGCCAAUGUGCACAAUUUCGCAACUAAAUCCUCACUGUAUGCAUUUAAGUCAACUCUGAAUAUGGCCCAUAAUAAAAGUGUAAUUAGAUUUUUUUUUACAGUU